AUGAAGGUCCUCGUGUGCCCCUCCGGCUUCAAGGGUAGCGUUAGCCCUGAAACAGCAGCGGACUAUAUUGGAGCAGGCAUUUUGCGAGCGAUACCCACCGCUACAAUCCGCAAGGUGCCCCUCGCCGAUGGUGGAGAAGGGUUCUCCCAUGCUCUUGUUGCUGCCACGGGUGGAACAAUUCGUAGCCAUCGCGUCAUUGGUCCCAUAGGGGCACCCAUACACUCGUUCUAUGGGAUCUUGGGCAACACCACUGUCAAAACGGCUGUUAUUGAGAUGGCUGCCGCGGCCGGUUUAAGCCUGAUCCCUCCAGAAUCUCGUAACCCUUGCAUGACCACCACGUUCGGUGUCGGGCAGCUGAUGGCCGCUGCCCUCGACGAAGGUGUCGAACGAAUUAUCAUGGGGUGCGGCGAUUCCGGAACUAGCGAUGGCGGUGCGGGAAUGCUGCAAGCCCUAGGCGCCCGGCUCAUAGGCCGUGACGGUCAAGACCUCCCUCGCGCAGGUGGCGGCCAGUCUCUCGUUUCACUUGCCGGGUUUGACUUCUCCAAGAUGCACCCUGGUUUGAAGAAGGUCGCAAUCGAGGCGGUCUGUAACUGGAAGAAUAUCCUCUGUGGCCCUGAGGGAGUGGCUGAAGUAUAUGGCCCGCAGAAGGGCGCAUCCCCUGCGCAGACCAAACUGCUCGCAGCGGCGCUGGAGACUUAUGCGGUUGUCAUUCAUCGGAGUGGUGCAUCAGGUGGGUUGGGGGCAGGUCUGCUUCUCAUUGGAGCCAAGCUGCGUCCGAGGUACGACGCUUUGAGAGAAUACUUCCACCUGGAGAAUCUUUUCCUCGACUGCGACCUGGUUAUUACGGCAGAGGGGGCGAUCGAUGACCAGACCCCGAGGGGGAAGAUCCCAGCGGAGGUGGCCUUACGAGCGAGAGAGCGCGGGAUCCCCGUUAUCGUCCUUGCUGGAACCAUCGGGCAUAAUGCUCAAGUGAAUCAUGAUAUUGGAAUUGAUGCAUUCGCAUCGAUUUUGCAACGACCGUCAACGCUUGAAGAAGCGAUUGAAGAAACAGAGCGGCUAUUGACGGAGGCAGCCGAGGGAGCAAUGCGGAUUUUGGCCAUAGGAAGACGCCUGACUGUCUAG